AUGAGCGACAGCAAAGAUAAGGCUGCUACAGCGCCUGCCACGGAUAGCAAGGUCAACGAGAUCGCCUCGGGCAUCUCUGGACUCAUGUCUGGCAAGGAUAAGGAAAAUGCCGCAAAGCCAACCGAAGCGACGACCAAGGACGAGCCCGCCGAAUCCAAUCUGCGCGAGUCUUCACAUGAAGUUCAGGUGACGCUCGCCGAUCAGCAGGCGGAUCCCAACUCUCCACUCUACUCUGCCAAGAGCUUCGAAGCGCUCGGUUUGCACGAGAACCUGCUCAAGGGCAUCUACGCUAUGAAGUACCAGAAGCCAUCCAAAAUCCAAGAAAAGGCAUUGCCGUUGCUUCUCCAGAACCCACCCAAGAACAUGAUUGGCCAGUCGCAAUCAGGAACGGGCAAGACCGCCGCUUUCAUCCUCACCAUGCUCUCGCGCAUCGACUACGAUCUGAAAAAGCCACAAGCUAUCGUGCUGGCGCCAUCGCGCGAGCUGGCGCGUCAGAUCAUGGAUGUGGUGCAGACCAUGUCCAAGUUCACCAACGUCACCACGAGCCUCUGCUUACCCGACGCAGUCAAGCGCGGUGAAAAGAUUGAUGCACAGCUCAUCGUUGGCACACCAGGCAAGACGUUCGACAUGAUCAAAUCCAAGGGCAUCGAGACGGCUGCGAUCAAAGUGUUCGUGCUCGACGAAGCGGACAACAUGCUGGACCAGCAGUCGUUGGGCGAACAGUCGAUCCGCGUCAAGAACACGAUGCCCAAGACGUGCCAGCUGGUGCUUUUUUCGGCCACAUUCCCCGCCAACGUGUACGACUUUGCGGUGCGCAUCGCACCGGGUGCCAAUGAGAUCCGACUCAAGCAGGAGGAGCUGUCGGUGGAAGGCAUCAAGCAGUUCUACAUGGACUGCAGGGACGAGGACCACAAGUACGAGGUGCUGGUGGAGCUGUACAACCUGCUCACCAUCGGACAGAGUAUCAUCUUCUGCGCCAAGCGUGAGACUGCGGAUCGCAUCGCGCAAAAGAUGACCCAGGAAGGCCACAAGGUCGACUCGCUUCAUGGACGACUCGAGACGGCGGACCGUGAUCGUACCAUCGACGCGUUCCGCGAUGGCAAGAGCAAAGUGCUCAUCUCGACCAAUGUGAUCGCGCGAGGAAUCGACAUCCAGCAGGUGACGCUGGUGAUCAACUACGACAUGCCGCUGACACAGACCGGCGAGGCCGAUGCCGAGACGUAUCUGCACCGUAUCGGACGAACGGGUCGCUUCGGCCGCAAAGGUGUUUCGAUCAACUUUGUGCACGACCAGCAGAGUUGGUCGUACAUGGACCAAAUCGAGAAGGCGCUCAAGUGUCAGAUCACGCGUGUGGCCACCAACGAUCUCGAGGAGAUGGAGUACACCAUCAAGGAGGCGCUCAAGCAAAUUGCAAAAUGA